GAACCUUCCGAGGAGUGUGCAAGAAAAUCGACCACUUCCCCGAGGAUGCAGAUUACGAGCAGGACACGGCCGAGUAUCUCCUCCGUGCUGUGAGAGCAUCCAGCAUCUUCCCCAUCCUCAGCGUGGGGCUGCUGUUCUUCGGGGGCCUGUGCGUGGCAGCCAGCGAGUUCUACAAGAGCAAACACAACGUCAUCCUCAGCGCAGGCAUCUUCUUCGUCUCUGCAGGUCUCAGCAACAUCAUUGGAAUCAUAGUCUACAUCUCGGCCAACGCGGGGGACCCCGGGCAGAGCGACUCCAAGAAGAGCUACUCCUAUGGCUGGUCCUUCUACUUCGGAGCCCUGUCCUUCAUCAUCGCGGAGGUGGUGGGGGUGAUCGCCGUGCACAUGUACAUCGAGAGGCACCGGCAGCUCCGCGCCUCGCCCGUCAGCAAGGCCUUCAGCACCAUCCCCUCCACCGACAUCUCCAUGUUCACCCUCUCCAGGGAUCCCUCCAAGAUCACCAUGGGGACGCUGCUCAACUCGGAGCGGGACCACGGUUUUUUACAGGUCCAUAACUCUAUCCCCAAAGAGUUCAAGGAGUCUUUGCACAACAACCCGGCCAACAGACGAACCACGCCG